AUGGAUAUUAAGGAUAUAUGGACCUUUGAUAUGAAGAAGAUCAAAGGUGGUGUUGGAGGCGGCAUCGUUGGUGGUGUGGAUCGUGAGGUCGAUGGCCUCGUGGGGCGGCGGGCGGGUGCCAUGGGAGGCGGCUGCGUGAGGUGGCAGGGCCCGGGGGCGGUAGCGCUCUUGCUGGUUGUUUGCGCGGCGCUGUUGCCGGUUUGCCUGGAGGCGAGCCUCGAGGCGUUCAAGUACAGUACGCGCCUUGUGCGGACCAAGUACGGGCCGCUGCGAGGCCUACUGCUGCAACAGCCGCCCGUCGAGGCCUUUCUCGGCGUGCCGUACGCCACUCCGCCCACGGGCGCGUUGAGGUACAUGCCACCGGUGACACCAUCGAUGUGGCGCACGCCGCGACUGGCGGACGCGUUCUCGCCGGUGUGUCCGCAGCGGCAGCCGGACAUUAGUAACCGCAGCGAGGCGUUGCUAAGGCUGCCGCGCGGCCGACUCGCCCACCUUGAGCGGUUACUACCGCUCCUGCUCAACCAGAGUGAAGACUGUCUCUAUCUCAACAUCUAUGUGCCCAGAACAGGUAGCCCGAGCGACCACCAGGGUGCUAUACCGUGCCUGCUGUACGUUCACGGCGAGUCCUACGAAUGGAAUUCGGGCAACCCGUACGACGGCAGCGUACUCGCCAGUCACGGGCACAUCAUCGUAGUCACUAUCAACUUCCGUCUCGGAAUAUUAGGUUUCCUAAAGACUGGUUCGCGAGGGAGCGCUCAGGGCAACUUUGGCCUGAUGGAUGUGGUGGCUGGUCUGCAUUGGCUGAGGGAGAAUCUGCCCGCCUUUGGCGGGGAUCCGGAGAGGAUCACCCUCAUGGGUCACGGCACGGGGGCAGCGCUGGCCAACUAUAUUGCUGUGUCGCCUGUGGCCAAAG